AAACAUGGCUAUGAAGAAUCAUUGCAGAUAUAUGGUUACAUUUCCGGAAUAUUUCAAUCAGCAUUUUCUCUCGGAAUGUUUUUUGGACCAACUGCUGGAGGUCUUAGUGUUGAAUGGAUUGGUUUUGAAUGGACUUGUACGAUUAUUGCGUUUUUUCACGUCACAUUUGUAAAAUUUUUGGAUUUAUGA